AUGGAUGACUUGAAGAAUUAUAUAGUCGAGUCAAUCAAGACACUUGAGUGCUUUGAUGACUCUGAAACAAUUGUCGAUUAUAUAUAUGGCGUGGUCACAGACGACUCCAACAGCGAGUCUGAGAAGAGGGAAUAUUUGAAGGAGUUCUUGGUCUCACUCACUACCAAAGAUACAGAUGAGUUCUUGGAUGACCUGAUGAACAAAUAUAAUGGUGCAGAGAAGGAGAAGCAAGAGACAGAACAGAAGUUGAGAGAUGCCAUUAGACUGCAGACUGACUUGAAGAUAAAGAGUGUGACAGAGGAGGAGCUGCAAGAGGAAUAUGUAAACCCAUACUACUCAAUGUCAAGAGAUGAGAAGAAGAACAGAGACUAUUUAUUAUCGAAAUACGCAUAUGAAGAGGAAGAUGUUGACGAGAAUGGUGAUAUUCUGUUGUCGGAUCAUGUUGGAAAGAAGAAAGAGGAGGAGCAGAGGAUCAAACAAUCAUUGUCUGAGAAUAACAAUACAAAGAGAUUGGUCGAAGAGGACAAGGCCAAGCGUGAGAAGGCCAAGUAUGACCAUGCCAAGAAGGUCGAGAGAGACAAGGAGGCAUUGGCCAAGCAGAAGCGUGAUGAAGAGAAGAAGAAGACCACAAAGAAGGAGAAGCGAAGACUCUAG